UUUCUAUUGACUCCAGAGGGAGAGAAAAAACCAAGCAAGAGAGAGGGGUUAAGUUGUUGGGUGUAGUACCAGAUUUUAACCAUCUCUUAUCUUCCUCCACUUGCCCCACUCCAAAAUUCGUACAUUAAUAGGCUCUGUGUUGGCGACUAGUAUAAAGAGAGGAGUGUUAAAGGCAAUUUGGAAUUGAUUACAAUAUAUAUUGUUUACAGUUUAUGGCAAUUGCAGCCAACAUGAGCCAAGAAGACAACAAGGAUGAGCAUGAACAUGACAUGGUGAUGCCCGGCUUUCGCUUCCACCCUACCGAGGAAGAACUUGUCGAAUUCUAUCUUCGCCGUAAGGUUGAGGGCAAGCGCUUCAACGUUGAACUCAUUACCUCUCUAGAUCUCUAUCGCUAUGACCCCUGGGAGCUGCCUGCCCUGGCUGCAAUUGGAGAGAAGGAAUGGUUCUUCUAUGUGCCCAGAGACCGCAAGUAUCGAAACGGGGAUCGCCCCAACCGGGUCACCACUUCUGGCUAUUGGAAGGCAACAGGAGCUGAUCGGAUGAUCCGGACCGAGAACUUCCGCCCAAUUGGCCUGAAGAAGACUCUUGUUUUCUACUCUGGGAAGGCUCCUAAAGGCAUCCGAACAAGCUGGAUCAUGAACGAGUACCGCUUGCCCCAACAGGAAACCGAGCGCAGCCAAAAGGCUGAAAUAUCGCUUUGUCGCGUGUAUAAGAGAGCUGGGGUUGAAGACCACCCUUCACUCCCUCGUUCUCUUCCGUCCAGGCCAUCAUCAUCGAGAGGAUUACAAGCUGAUAAGAGGCAGCAAGAUGCAGCUCAGCAUGCCAUUGAGAGGUUUCAGGCCUUUGGAGGACAAUCUCAGCAAGUGGAAAUGGAGAAAAUGAUCGGUGAAAGUGAGGGAAGCAGCAGUACUGAUGUCACCACUGCUCUUGGGCUUUCCCAGCAGAAUGCCUACGGUGCAAUACCUGCACUUAGCGCCACCCUCGCGCCACCAGCUCCUGAGGAAGAGGAUAGGCUUCUACUGCACCACUCAAAACAAGCUUGCUCUCUGGUACCGCCUGCCUGCACCACCCUCUUUACAGGCUCAUCUUCCUUGCCGCCGCACGCAGUCGAUGAUCUCCAUAGGCUAGUCAACUACCAACAAGCUUCAAUCAAUCAGCAGCAACAAUAUCAUAACAAUCCUAAUCAACCCUCUCACCAGUUCUCAACUCUACCAGUACCGCAAUCAUCACAGUCGUUAGCCCUCAAUACAUUGCCAGGCUCACUUCAAGCUGCCUUCUCCGACAGACUGUGGGAGUGGAAUCCAAUCCCAGAGGCAAGCAGAGAUUACAACAGCCCCUUCAAGUAAUCAAUGAACUGCAUAUACAUACAUAGAUAUAUAUAUUUUAUAUAUCUAGUGAUUUAUCAAGUCUUAACUUUCACUACUCUAUUGUUCUUAGCUUUCAGGAUGAUCCAUGUUUUUCAAUAUGAUUUGUUGCUUUAUUAGGGUUUA